AUGGAUGUCUUCUCUCCAAACCAGGUCUUCUAUGACAGUGCCUGUGCCUCCUCCCCAGAAACCCUUGAGUUCGGCCCCGGUGAGCUGACUGGUUCUGAGGAGGAUGAACACAUUCGGGCCCCUGGAGCCCCACAUCAGCCAGGACACUGCCUGCAGUGGGCCUGCAAGGCCUGCAAGCGCAAGGCCAGCACGGUGGAUCGGAGACGGGCAGCCACCAUGCGGGAGCGCCGGCGGCUCAAGAAAGUGAAUCAUGCCUUUGAGGCACUGCGUCGCUGCACCUCAGCCAACCCCAGCCAGCGACUGCCCAAGGUAGAGAUCCUGCGCAACGCUAUCCAGUACAUUGAGAGUCUGCAAGAGCUGCUCCGGGAGCAGGUGGAGAACUACUACAGUUUGCCUGGAGAGAGUAGCUCCGAACCUGGGAGCCCGUCAUCUAGCUGCUCCGACAGCAUGAUUGACUGCAACAGUCCAGUGUGGCCACAGAUGAACACAAGCUCUGGCAGCACAUACAGCUAUGAAGCACAGAACGUUGGCCCUGUGGAGAGGACUGCCGGCGUGUCCAGUCUGCAGUGCUUGUCCAGUAUUGUGGACCGACUGUCCUCGGUGGACACGGGGGCUAGUGUGGGGAUGAGGGAAAUGGUCACUCUGUCACCCUGUAACAGUGACUCUCAGUGCAGCACUCCAGACAGCCCCACUACCAUACCCAUAUACCACGUGCUGUGA